GAGUAAUCGUUUAAUUUUGAGAAGAUAUUUGUUUAGUUUCUGCAAUCUCUGUUCAGUUUCUGCAAUUUGGUAUUUUGUUUUCCGCUGCUUUUGCAUUCUGGUUCUCUGUGAUUGUUAAUUAUGGCUACUGAAAGAGAUGAUUCGCUUCAGUCUGUGAGUGUGAGGUUGGAUGGGAAGAACUAUUCGUAUUGGAGCUAUGUAAUGCGAAAUUUUCUUAAGGGUAAGAAGAUGUGGGGGUAUGUUAGUGGAACAUAUAUAAUACCUAAGAAUAUUGAGGAGGGGGAUGUUGUUUUGAUAGAUACAUGGGAAGCAAAUAAUGCAAAGAUCAUUACUUGGAUCAACAAUUCUGUUGAGCAUUCGAUAGGUACGCAGUUGGCGAAGUAUGAGACAGCAAAAGAGGUUUGGGAUCAUCUGCAAAGGUUAUUCACGCAAUCAAAUUUUGCAAAACAGUACCAAUUAGAGAAUGACAUACGAGCUCUUCAUCAGAAGAAUAUGAGUAUUCAAGAGUUUUAUUCUGCUAUGACAGAUCUUUGGGAUCAAUUGGCUCUUACAGAAUCAGCAGAAUUAAAGGCAUGUGGUGCCUAUAUUGAGCGUAGAGAGCAGCAACGAUUGGUACAGUUUUUAACAGCGCUUCGCAGUGACUUCGAAGGACUUAGAGGUUCAAUUCUGCAUCGUACUCCACUGCCUUCUGUUGACUCUGUUGUCAGUGAGUUAUUGGCUGAAGAAAUACGUCUUCAGUCUUAUUCUGAAAAGGGAAUUCUUUCUGCUUCAAAUCCUUCUGUACUAGCAGUACCUUCUAAGCCAUUCUCUAAUCAUCAAAACAAGCCUUACACAAGGGUUGGCUUUGAUGAGUGCAGUUUCUGUAAGCAGAAAGGUCAUUGGAAGGCUCAGUGUCCUAAGUUGAGACAGUAGAAUCAAGCUUGGAAGUCUAGCAGUCAGUCACAAUCUAAUGCUCAUCGACCACCUCAGGGUUAUAAACCACCACACCACAAUACUGCAGCAUUAGCUUCCCCAGGCUCUAUUACCGAUCCUAAUACUUUGGCUGAGCAAUUUCAGAAGUUUCUCUCCUUGCAGCCACAAGCAAUGUCCGCUUCUUCCAUAGGUCAGUUGCCUCAUAAUUCCUCAGGUAUGUCACACUCUGAAUGGGUCUUGGAUUCUGGUGCUUCCCAUCAUAUGUCUCCAGAUUCCUCAUCUUUUACCUCAGUGUCCCCUUUGUCCUCCAUUCCUGUUAUGACUGCUGAUGGCACUCCCAUGCCCUUAGCAGGAUCUGCAGUCUCAGAAGCUGAUUGGGACAGGCCGUAGGGAGAAUGGACUAUAUAUUUUGAAUGAGUUAAAAGUGCCAGUUGCUGCUGCUACCGCUGCUGCUGCUACUGCUGAUUUGUCUUCUUUUCGUUUGAGUCUUUCAUCUUCUAGUUUUUAUUUAUGGCAUUCCCGUCUAGGUCAUGUUUCAUCUUCUCGUUUGAGAUUUUUGGCAUCCACAGGAGCUUUAGGAAAUUUGAAAACUUGUGACAUUUCUGAUUGUAGUGGAUGUAAAUUGGCAAAAUUUUCUGCUUUACCUUUUAAUCGAAGUAUUUCUGUUUCAUCUUCA